UAGGGUUUGUUUGUAGAACAACUCAUGAACAACCAAAGAGGAUGUAUAGGCUAUAUACAGUAAGUAUUUUCUUUUUUUUCACUUUUUCCAAGAAGGGUUUUAUUUCACAUAAGUAAAGCAUUUUUUCGAGAAAGAAAGCUCAUAGUUCAGUAUUUCCAAAAAGUAUGGUAACAACUUUAUUCAUAUGAACAUUAGUUGUUGUCUUCUCUGUGUACAGUACAGUGGGGAUAUUCUGUCCAUUUUCAUGACACUUGUCUCAAGUAAAAACAGAUUUUUUACAUGUCUUCUUUAGAAACUCUGGUGGUGUAAACAGACCAGUUAACAGUGUAGUUUGAAUUGUUAUUUUAGCUCAGCUGCACAUCUCGGUUGCUUAGGUGAAAAACCUGUUUGACAGCAUGACUGUGUUUAUGUUCAUGGCAUUGUGUCUGCUCAGUGACGUUAGCUUUGAUGAGAUAUUGAGCUGAGAUAAGUUAUGUAUGUAACAUACCAUCCAAUUCUUUGGGUGUGGGGCGGACAAAACGUGACACAAAAAUCAGUCAACAACAACCUGCAGGAACGACACAAGCAAAUAUUAGUUCAGUAAAAUUGAAGUCUGUUUUUCCUGCAGUCCUUCAGCUUAUUGGCUACACUUUUUAACUUAAAGGCAAGUUUUAAAUAGCAAGAUAAAUGUAGCAUUGUGAUAUAAGGUAAAGUAAUGUUCUUCUAUAUUCCAAUAAUUGGUAAACAGUUAGUAAAACUGACAAAGACCAUACACACAUUACUCUUGCAUGCCUGUCCCAAAAACGUGGGGGAAUGUAAGUAUAGUAGGCCACAAUAUUCAGGUUCUUGCACUUUACUUUUGUGUUUCCAUUUUAUGCCACUUUAUUUGUACUUUCUCCCACAACAUUUAUCUGACAGUUGCAUCAAUGAAUAACAAACCUUCUACUUUUUACUAUUUUUAAUUAUUCCCAUCAAUAAGUAAUACAUAAACCAGCAUACUGUGUAGUUUAAUACUCCAAUCAGAGUACAACUCCUACCAGUUACAGUAUUCUACGCCACAGGAUCUUAAGCUACCCUCACGCAUGCUCACACUCAUACUUUCACAUAUGCACCUCCCCACACAGUUUGACACCAUCCAUCCAAUGGGGUAUUUAAGCUUGUCUGGAUUUUGGAAGCUUUGCUCUGCUCUGUGAAUUCAAUUUUGAUUUAACAAGUGUUGUUCAUUCCGUAUUGUAUCUCUAACCAACCCUUACAAACCUUCUCACAUUCCCAGAAAUUGUGUAUUAUUGCCUCCUUGUGUGUACCACAUUUUAUACAAACAGGGGAGAAAGAGGCAAUAGAAUUGAUUUAUUUUUGAUUUAGUGUAGUUUAGUCUUGGCAUGAGUUUGAUGGUAAUGGUGUUGGUUAUAUUUAGGCAAUCUUUCCAGGUAAUUCUAGAGUUAUUUAUUUUAAGAAUAUGUUCCAAUCCUCAUAUAUAUUUUGGAGUGAAUAGUUAUGUGCCGGUGCUUCUUUAAAAACUUUACCUUUUCAUUUCUUGUUUCCUCCUGAGUUUAGGAAAAGCCUCUGAGUAGCAAAGAGUUUCGUAGGGCUAUAAUAGCUCAAGUCAAAGUUAUCUGUUAUCCAGCUCUUUAUAAAGGUAUUUAAAAAGUUCCUUACUAGUUAAAUUGACCCUAUUACCAAUUGUUCAUCAUGGCGUGACAAAGGGAUGACAACUUUUGGAGAUAUGACUUGUAGCGGGUUCAUGGUGAACGAAAAGCCCCAACCAGACGCUGCUUUGUGUUGAAACCACUGUUUUAAUUGUUCAGUCUAUAGAAAUAAUUGCUAAUUAUCAUAACACAGUUUACCUCACAUUUCCCUCUGAAAUCCACUAAAUGCAGUAUAAAAGACUGUGGUAGGCCUACAAGAAAAGGUCCUGGAUUCAGGUGCAUCAUAUCUUAUAAGCUGGAAUGUUCCUACAUCUUACUGUGUUUUGAGGUAGCCUUCUUGUACUUUACUUGGGUAUUUCCACCCCCUAGAGACACGCCCACCUAAGCCCCUUCACGGACCAUCGAGGCAAAUAUGGUAGGGUGCACCGGAGCAGAAAGACCCCCCCCCCUCUCCACUCCUUACGCAAAUACACCUUCAUACGUUAUGUGACUGCAUAGAGAGAGGUUAAACAGUAGGCAUCUAAAAAAAAAAGUUCUGAAAAAGGAAGCGGCUUGUUUUGGAUUUUUUCGACCAUGAUCCAUGGCUUCCACACCCUCCACCUCUGCCGUGUCUGCUGUUCUCCGGUGUCGGGGAAAUUUCUGGACCAGGAAUCCGCCGACGAACCGGCCUGCCAGCUCGGCGUACAGCCUCGGUCUGACCGGCGACUCGCCAGCCGAGCGAACCCGGUCAAAGGAGGCGUCAGCUUGGGAGCCUUCUUUCCAAGGAGACCGUGUACUGGCGGGAAGAUUAUAUAAAUCUAUCCAUGUGGUUGUCAUAAUGUUGACAGAAAAAGAUUCCUAUGAAAGGAAAACAUUGGGUCCCGCUAAACUUUUGCAAUCCGCAGGGGACGCGCACUCAUCUGGUGUCCAAAACGCGCUGGUGCGCCAGCAGGCCGGCAGGCUGAUUUCUAACCUGCCUGGAUUAACCAUGUGCACUCAAAUAAUUCGGAAGAUUAUUAACAAAACAUAUGCUCCACACAUCUGUAAAGUAAUAAUUGUUCAGAAAAUGAAUGAAUUCCCAGUUUUGAACGUGCUCAUAACGUUUCCAUGGGUGAUGGAGAAUGCAAGACAAAUGCCGUCUUUCGUGUUAACUGGCUGGUCAACCCUGAAGAGUAGCUGCGUGUCUUUGACUGCUCUGGUGUCAGAAUUUAUGCUGGUGGUGUUGUGGAGGUCCAGCAGCAGCCCUGAUGAUGCGCCGCAGCAUCAAGACAUUAAAAACAAUGCGUUUCAGGCCAAUGGACACAUCCACAGUCCCACUGGCAUCACCUCUUCCAAGGACAACUUUGGCUCUGGACACAUGAUCCCGGAGGGCAGACCUGACUGAUAGUCCAAGGCCUCAGCACCAAAAAUACACACUGUGAUCUAACCUUAUUUAUUGACUUUUACUUGGCUUUGAAAAUGCACAAAGCACAUUUGGACUUUAACCCAGUGACACAACAACUGGUUGUUUUUAGAACAGUUUUAUUUUUUUUUGCUUUAAGGAAAAGUAAGAAAUUCUGUAACAAGAAAUACCUGAGAAACAUCAGCCACAUGCCUUGUUAUUACAUUAGUAAGCCUCCUGGUGGAGAGGUAACAUACUGGAGGUGCAUUUUUAUUUUUGAGUUAGCUAAAAAAAAACUUAUUUUGCAAACAUGGAAUGGAGUAAAAUUAAAAGUAGGCCUGUUACAUCUCAGAAAAUGGAAAUAUUUAAAUCAAAUUUAAGUAAAAACUAAAUGUGGAGGAGUAAUUGAAAGAUUUGUACUCAUUCUUUCCUCUUGUGUUUUGAAGAUGUUUGCUUGAUUUUUCACUCUGAAAUAUAAAAAAUACAGAUCCUACAAAUAUUCAAGCCAACUUGCAUAAAUGUAGCCUUCUUUUAUUCCUUCCAGCUUUUUUAAACAAUGUCUUGUAAAGUAUAAAAGUCAUGACGGAAGAAGUAAUUCAGAUCUUUAGUAAAAGUAGCAGUUUAGCAAUGCCUUUUAUGUCCUCAUACUGUUAUUACUACUUUUUUUUUUAAAGAUUUGAGUGUUUCUUCCACUAAAUAUGAGGCUAUACCGUGGCCAGCCGUUAAAUUAGCUUAGCAUAAAGACUGGAAACAAGGGCAUCAGCUAUGGCUCAUCUGGCUCUGUCCAAAGACAAGAUCCACCUAUACAGGACCUCUAAAGCUCAUUGAUUAACACAUCGUAUUUCAUUUGUUUAUGUAAUAAGCUAUGUGGGCUACAAAAGCUGAUAGCAAAAAUUACAAUUCACCAGUUAAGGCCCAACUAGUUGAGACAAGUAACUCUACUGAUUGCCAAGCAUGUGACACUAGCCCAGAAAUAGUUUGGCACGUAAAGCCCCUUAAAAUGUCUUUACACUUCUUCUUCUUUCAACAAAAGUAGGUAGGCAUG